AGAGUUGUGCAUUUUUUGAAAAUUGGAGACCCCGGGGCCAUGAGAGAGGAUCUUGCUCAGAACGAAACGACUGCAAGUGACACAAAAGAAAAUGAGAGCCAAAGUGAGUUAAAAAAAGAAUAUGCUGCGGAUUUGGAAAAGAAUGCUGCCCACAACCUACCUCUAAAGAAGGAAAAAAAGGAGAAGUUUGAUGAAGAUAAUGCUGUGGUUAAGAAAGCAACGGCCGCCUCUGCAAGGGAAAGGCUUAAGUAUCUAGUUUCUCAAGCAGACAUUUUCAAACACUUUGUCUCAGGUGCCUCCCCACAGAAACCAAGUACUGAGCAAGCCAAGACUUCCUCCAAGUCUUCGAAACGUCGAAUGACAGAAAAAGAAGAAGAUGAACUUUUGAUGGAAGCAGAAGUGGAUGGUCACCAAGAAACAACUCGUCUGACCUCACAGCCGUACAAUGUGAAAGGCACAAUGCGACCAUAUCAACUAGAAGGUCUUAACUUUUUGAUUGGCUUGUAUGAACACGGUUUAAACGGAAUCCUUGCCGAUGAAAUGGGGUUAGGAAAAACACUGCAAACUAUAUCCUUGCUUGCUUUUUUAAGGGGCUAUCGUCAUAUUAAUGGACCUCAUCUUAUUAUCGUUCCAAAGAGUACCAUAGGAAACUGGGCUUUGGAAUUUGACAAAUGGUGUCCUUCUUUUAAUAUUUUGCGUUUUCACGGCAAUCAGGAUGAUAGAGCAAACUUAAAGGAACAACGGCUUUUGUCAAAAGACUUUGACGUGUGCCUUACCACAUAUGAAGUGGCAAUCAAGGAAAAGAAUAGUUUGAGACGAUUUAUGUGGCGUUAUGUUAUUAUCGAUGAAGCACAUAGAAUUAAGAAUGAAAACUCUAUACUCUCUCAAGUUGUACGUACAUUUGAAUCUCAGAGUAGGUUAUUAUUGACAGGGACUCCAUUGCAAAACAACUUACAUGAGCUUUGGGCACUACUCAACUUCUUGCUUCCUGAUAUAUUCGCUUCUGCAGAGGACUUUGACUCGUGGUUUUCUUCAGUAGAGUCGGAUAAUGAAAAUGCAAAAAACGAGGUUAUUCAACAGUUGCAUGCAGUUUUACGGCCCUUUUUAAUACGAAGAUUGAAGUCUGAAGUAGAACAUGACCUUCCUCCAAAGAAGGAGACGGUUUUGUUUACAAAGCUAUCAAGUGUUCAACUGGAUAUCUAUCGAAAUCUUUUGAAAAAGGACAUUGAUGCAAUAAAUGGUCCUGGUGGAGAUCGUGUUCGUUUGCUGAACAUUUUAAUGCAGUUGCGAAAGUGUUGUAACCAUCCUUAUCUUUUUGAUGGCGUCGAAGAUCGUAGUUUGGAUCCUUUUGGUGAACACGUCAUAGAAUCUUGUGGCAAGUUGAUGCUGUUAGACAAACUUUUGUCACGACUUCGGCGAGGAAAUCAUAAAGUUUUGAUCUUCAGUCAGAUGACGAGAAUGCUCGACAUUUUAGAAGACUAUUGUAGUCCAAAUAUGCGAGACUAUCCUUAUUGUCGUAUUGAUGGAAAUACAGAAGGAGAAAUCCGAGAUUCAAUGAUUGAGGAAUUUAAUAGACCAGACUCGGAUAAGUUUAUUUUCUUGUUGAGUACUAGGGCUGGUGGCUUGGGAAUCAACUUGGCAGCAGCAGACACGGUAAUUUUGUACGACUCAGACUGGAAUCCUCAAGUUGACCUUCAAGCAAUGGAUAGAGCACAUCGUAUCGGUCAGAAAAAUCCUGUCAAUGUUUAUCGAUUGAUAUCCGAGAAUACUGUUGAAGAAAGGAUUUUGCGCAAGGCACUAGAGAAGCUAAAGUUAGAUUCACUCGUAAUUCAACAGGGAAGACUUGUUGAUCAGAAGAAACAGUUGGGCAAGGACGAACUCUUAGAUAUGAUUCGAUAUGGUGCAGAUCAGUUUUUUCGUGUGGACGCUGCAGACUAUAGAAAUGAAGAUCUUGAUGAAAUUCUUUCACGAGGAGAGUCGAAGACCAGAGAAAUUCAGGAGGAGUUGGAUCAACGAGCAGAAACUAAUGGACUCAACAUGCUUCAAUUUAGUCUUUCUGAUUCCACAUCGGUGUAUCAGUUCGAAGGUGAAGACUAUCGUGGAAAGAGAACGAAUACCAACAACACUUUCUUUUUGGAUGUGGGUAAACGUGAGCGUAGAAAGAUUUACGAGGAAAGUGAUUUACGCCAGUCAUCACAUAAUGCCUCGCGUUCUACUUCUGAGCGUCCUAAACAAAGACUAAAGCCUCCCAAGGAGCCAACAUUGCAUGACUUUCAAUUUUUCGAUGCACAACGACUACAAGAAAUUUUCGAGGAAGAAAAGAGGGCGGUUAAUGAAUAUAACAAGGUUGCAGAAGAGGCAGUGAAGCAAGGAAAGGAAGCUCCGCCUGUCCCUGAACUUCUUCCAGCCGAUAAGGAACAAGAAAAACAAAUUUUAUUAUCGGAAGGAUUUGGAAAUUGGAGUAGACGAGAAUUCCAAGCGUUUGUACGUGGAUGUGAAAGGCAUGGAAGAGAAGCUUAUGAAACUAUUGCAGCAGAGAUAGGUUCCAAGUCAGUAAAGGAAGUCAAAGAAUACGCUAAAGCAUUUUGGAAGUAUGGACCUGAAAGAAUCGAUCAGUUUGGAAAGAUUAGAAGAGCAAUUGAAGAAGGAGAAGCAAGGAUUGCUCGUCGUGAAGAAAUGGAGGAGGCAUUGAAGUUGAAGGUAUCACGGUAUACAGAUCCCUUGAGAGAACUUCAAAUUUCAUAUGGAGCCUACAAGGGGAAAGGGUUUACGGAAGAAGAAGAUCGUUUCCUAGUUUGUAUGACAUACAAACUUGGAUAUGGACGAUGGGAAGAGUUGAAGAUGGAGAUCCGCAAAGCCUGGCAGUUUCGGUUUGAUUGGUUUAUCAAGUCUCGAACACCGCUGGAGCUACGCCGUAGGGUAGAUAUGCUCAUACGGGCUAUAGAGAAAGAGAAUGAAGACUAUGCAGAAAAAUAUUCGAGAAAGAAGAUUGGUAAGAAGGUGAAAAAAGCAUCUAAGAAGAAAAGGAAGAUUUCCAAAUCUGGGAACAAACGGGCUUAUGAUGAUUCCAAUAUGGACGACUACUUUCCUUCGUCUGGGAAGCGAACACGAAAUAGUUAAGUUUUGUGAACAAAACUUUUAAAUAAUCUUUGGAUAACUGGAUAGUCCAGAAAUCAUUCAAACUCGGAAAAGCUUUUGCCUUUGACUUUAGAACUGCCUUGUAGAAAAUAGACGCCAAGUCACACAACAAA